UGGAGAAGGGAGGAGGCAGAGCGCAGCGUGGAGAGGCUGGGCAGAGCUGAACCUGCUCAUGCUACAGAGCGGCAGUGCAGUCAUGGCAGUGGUUGAGAUAAGGUGCAGCAAGCGCCCCGUCGCCUAUCUUGGUCGCUGAACACUCUCCUCUUCUCCACACAAGCGUCACUAACAAAUCUGUGAGGCCUUGUAUGAAAUAAAACAUAAUAAAAUCAGCCUUGUGCAUCGUAAGACACACACGUUGCCCAACACACAGUAAACAAACUCCGUCGCCAACCGAUAGCUAACAAAAGCAUCGAGACUUGUGCUGCCCUGCCAAGGCGGCGCACGCUGCACUAUUUGCUACAGCCAGUGAGAGGAAGACAAGACGCCGCCGACGGCCACCAUCACCACCAGCUUACAACAACAACAGCAACAAUGGGACCCCCACAUACACCUUGACUGUCUUUUGGCAGGAGGAAGACCACCACGAGGGCGCAAACUACAGUAUUGACCUUCCACCACAAUCUUAUCCUGCCUUGAAGAACGACGAUGGCGCCACAAAACACGUCACUGGAGGCUGGCGACGAGGGGGUGGUAGGCGGCGUGCUAGCGGAGGUCAGCCUGGGCAGUGACAUCACCUCCACCACACCCCCCUUCCCAGCCCCCUUGCUGCCCACGCCCACCCUCACCAACAUGCGGCACCCAACGCCCUCCAAAGAAGACUUCAACACCGCUCUCAUUGUUGCGAAUGGAGGAGGCAGAGGCCCUGCAUGCCGGUGCGGCGCCCGCAGCCCUGAUGUGGACGGCGGGUGGGCGUGGGUGGUGCUGGGGGCUGCCUUCCUGCAGUUCUUCAUUACCUCAGCCCUGUACUACUCCUUCAGUGUGUUCUUCGUGGAGCUGGUGGCGGCGUUCCAGCAGUCCCGCAGCCUCACAGGCUGGGUGUAUGCCACCAACUCGGCAGUCUUUAUGUGCAGUGGACCGCUCGGGGGAUGGUUCCUCUCUCGCUGUGGGACGCGUGCCACGCUCAACGUGGGCGCAGUGUUGGCGGCAGUGGGCUAUCUGGGAUCCGCUCUCUCUCCAAGCCUCAUCUAUAUCUUCUUUUUUUACGGUGUGGUGAAUGGAGUGGGCACCAGCUUUACCUUCUCCGGUUGGGUUGUGGGCCUCGCCAGGUUCUGGGAGAGGCGGCACGCCCUGGCAAUGGGCGUGGCCAUGGCAGGGUCUGGCUGCGGUGUGCUGUUACUAGGACCACAGAUACAGGUGAUAGUGGUUCACUUUGGGUGGCGCGGCGCCAUGAUCCUAUGCGCUGGUCUCUACCUUCAGUUAUGUGUUCUCGCCACCCUCUAUUCCGUCCCCAGGGCGCCUUCGCCCUGCCGCGUCCUCUUCCACUGCGGUGAAGAGAAAUCAGAAUCUCAGGAAGAAGUGAAGAGAGCAGGGGAAACGAAGACGAGGAUAAGCACAGACGCAGAGUUGAAGGCACAGCACAACACGAAGAAGGUACUGUGGUCGUCGGGCUUCUGCCUGCUGGCAGCGUCUUGCUUCCUGACCGUCAUGGCGAUUACCACGGUGUUCGCGGUGCUCAGGGACUGGGCAGAGCUGGAGGGGCUCGGGGCUGCCUUUUCUUCAGCACUGGCGGGAAGCGGCGGCGGAGACCUGCUAGGUCGCGUGCUGGCGGGCCUGCUGGUGGGUCAGGGCUGUUCGCCGCUCCUGCUGCUAGGUGUUGUUCAACUCUUGCUUGCCGUCACCAUUGGGUUUGCCGCCGCUGCCUCCAUCUCCACCCAGCUUAUUGCCGCAAUGGUGGGCUUUGGCGUAGCCUGCGGCUUGCACUCCGUUAUCAGCGCCCUCAUGCCCUCACAUUUCACGUCCGGGGAGGGCGUUGGACACGUGCUGGGUUGUCUCCUCUUCGUGACAGGCAUAGGGGCGCUAGUGGGACCUCCCGUUACCGGAGCAAUAGUAGACUUGUGUCAUUCCUAUGGCAGCGCCAUGGUGUUGUGCAUCACCGCGCCUGCGCUCGCCUCCAUUCUCAAUUUGGCAGCUUACUUCUGUCACCGCCGUCAGCAUACACAGACGCGCCCCGGUGUCACGAAACAAAUUGUGGCAAGAAGUAAUGUUUAGAUAGGUCUCGUUCGCAUUCUCCAUACCAUAUCGGAAAUCAAUUGUACCAAUACAAACGUAGUGCUGAUUGACCCAGUGAGACGUUGAAAGGAAAUUGAAAUAAUUUUGGAAAAUUUGUAUGCGGUCAUUAUUUGCAUCACAUCGUGCGACCAUAAGAAAUAUUCCGUAGAGAAUGGAGUCCCGCCAAAGGAAUGUACGCUAGAGUACAUAUAAAGACGUAAAAGUGUGGGUUAAAUCUCCUAUGUUUAUUUACCUAGUUGUAGUUUUACAGGGCCGGGGCUUUAUGCUCGUGUGGCCCCGUCUCCAUAUCUACACAUCCAAUUUUUCUUUAAAACUAUGCACACUCUUUGCUGACACC